AUGGGGGAUAUUGGUGCAGAAGUUGUACUGGCUGCAUCAACCUCGCCUUGUACACGGGGGCCAUCUAACAUCAGUGUCAUCGACCACGACUAUUAUAUUGACGUAGAAAACUGGUUAGCAGACGUAUGUAAAAGUGGGGACGAGUUAGAAGUUGACGUUGACAAUGACAAUUCUGCUAUCCCAUUUUUUGACUUUACCACAGACGAACCGGCAUGUAACAGUGACCUAACAGAACUGCAAGAGGAAGUGUUACAGAGGGAAGAUGUCGCUAAUGAUGCAGCAUUACGCGAUAUCGCGCCCGAUGAUUGUUACACUUUCGCUUGGAGUAAGGACAGAGAGACUUUUCAGGGACGACGUGAAACAUUCACAGGUACAUCUGGACCGACUUUUACUUUGACGGACCAAACCGAACCGACAGACAUUUUUGACAGGACUUUUGACAUGGACUUUAUUGACCUUUUGUGUACGGAGACCAACAGGAAUGCGGAGCAAAAGAUAUCUUUAAUGCGAGAACUAAACAAGCUAGCUCCGCAUUCCCGUUUCAACCGUUGCCUAUACAUGCCUUCACAAGAGAUAGUCAUUGACGAAUCUCUUCUGAAGUGGAAUGGGAGACUUAGUUUUGCUCAGAAGAUUUCGUCGAAGGUCGCACAGGUCGGAGUGAAGACGUAUGAGCUGUGCGAAUCUUCAAGUGGCUAUCUCUGGAAGUUCUUUGUAUAUGCUGGAAAAGACAAGCCGACAUUGACUACUGACGGAAUCGACGGACGGGAUACAGAAUUAGAACUGACAAAUGACAGACCAAUCGGGAACGAUGCUUUUGACAGAUUUGACGAUGACGGGACUAGCGACAGACUUACGACUGGUGGAAGCGCAGACCGUCCCAUGAGCGCUACUGCCAUCGAAUACGACAGGACAGUUGACGACGACUCAAAG